UACUGCUGCCAUAUUUGAAUACUUUUUGGCACCAAACUACAGACAGUAAAAGCAUCUCUGAACUAAAUGGGAGUUGUGGCAUCCAAAUAUUCAGCAUGUUUGCAACAGGAUGUGAAUCCAAGGAGUAAAUUAUCAUUAUUUAUGUCAUAGCCUACUUAAUGUAAUACUAUCUAAUAAUCGAGUUUUUCUCAGGUUUAUAAGACACGCAUGCAGUCUGGUCCCUCCGCAUUUCUUUUUUUAAAAGAUAAUGAUGUUUUAUUAUGGACACGCAGUGCAUCUUUUAUUUAUUUAUAUAUAUUUUUUUUACCUAAAAAAGGUAGAAUGCGCAAGUUUCCAGUGAAACGUAUCAGUCCCUUUUUUUCUCGUUUCUGCUCUACAUAUUGUGUGUAAUUUAUCAGGUGUUUGAUUAGCUCGUGAGUGCCCGAGAGCGCGGCGCGCGCGUAAAUCACGGAGAUGCGGAGAAUGCAGAGAGAAUGUUUCUUUAAGACCCAUUACCUUCCAAUCGGACUGAGGAGGAGUCUGUGUGGUAAGGUGGCGUAUCGUCUCUCCCUGCCUGCGCCCCCCCUUUUUCCUCUCCGUUUUAGAUGUGGAAAAGCGACAUAGGCAAAAAUAAUGCACACUUUAGGGUUUUCCGGUUUGGGAUUAGGGGCACGCACACCGAUGCUGAAACCGCCGACAUGGACGAAUGAGGGGAUUUUAACAUCAGACAUGAUGGGCACUACAGGCUCCCCCCGAUGACUGUGCUUCUGUCCUGUGAUUCGAGGAGCGCUCUUCCUUUUUGGACACAAUUUAGGAUCAUCAACCCUUCUAUGUCCCUUCCUUCCCCAGAUCCCCCACCCUUCCUCACUCCUUUGCCAAUCCUAGCUCGUGACAGACGGGCAUCCGUGUAGAUACUCCAUCCUCUUGCGUAACAAGGGAACACACAAGCAUUCUGGUCAUUUACCAUGAAGCCUGAGACUUUGUGACGGGAGACAAGUGAGGAUAGAUGCACUGAAGUGGGUGCAUGAGAGGAAACACAAAGGCAAUAAACACAAGAAGAUGUAGAUGUAGGCAUCACAACAGAGAUGAUAUUUUUGGAAAACUGAACAUGCAAAGAUUUAUAUUUUAUACAUAAAACUUUUAGUAAAAGUUCUUAAAAAAACAACAACAAAAAGCUAAGGCACAGUAAUAGACAUUUUGCACUUACAAUAAUACCCACAUUUAGUUUUCAUUAUUGACUGGAAUCACACGCCACCGUCUCAUGAUGAUGUGCGAGGUGAUGCCCACCAUAUCUGAGGAUGGGCGAAGCGGAACUGGCGGAGGAUCCUCCUCACCUGCAGGAGCAGGAAUUGGCGGCUCUGGCGGGACAAUGGGCGGAGGAGGAUUCAGUGGCAGGGAGCCCAGAGGUGGAGGAGACGAAGGGGGCAGCACGGGGAACCUGGAGUCUCUCAUGGUCAACAUGCUAACAGAGAGGGAGAGGCUGCUGGAGAACCUGAGGGAGACGCAGGACAGCCUGGGCACAGCUCAGCUCCGCCUCCGCGAGCUCGGCCACGAGAAGGAGUCACUUCAAAGGCAGCUAUCCAUUGCUUUGCCACAGGAGUUUGCUGUGUUGACUAAAGAGCUCAACGUUUGCCGGGAGCACCUUCUGGAAAGGGAGGAAGAAAUUGCUGAGCUCAAGGCAGAGAGAAACAACACACGCUUACUGCUCGAACACCUAGAGUGUCUAGUGUCUCGGCACGAGCGCAGUUUGAGGAUGACUGUGGUGAAGAGGCAAGCCCAGUCCCCUGCAGGGGUCUCCAGCGAGGUGGAGGUCCUCAAGGCCCUCAAGUCACUGUUUGAGCACCACAAGGCCCUGGAUGAGAAGGUUCGGGAGAGGCUCCGUGUGGCCCUCGAGAGGGUGUCCAUGUUAGAGGACCAACUUGCAACAUCUUCUCAAGAGGUAAUCUCAUUAAAAGACCAAAUUAAAAGACGUCAACAAGGGGUGGACGGCGGGAAAGAUCGGCUACCCAAUGGCCCCUCAUCUGGCGUGGAGGACGGGGAGCUUGACAGACAGAGGGAGGGAGAAAUAGAGCGACAGAGAGCCGAACUGUCCCAGCUGAGGGAGAGGCUGGCGCUCAUGUGCCGACAGGUCGGGGAAAUAGAGGAACAGCUUGCGGCCGCCAGGAGGGAGGUGACGAAGUCAGAGGAGGCCAAUCAGAAGCUCCAGAGGGAAGUGAAAGAGGCUCUUUGCCAAAGAGAAGACAUGGAGGAAAGAAUUACAACACUAGAGCGGAGGUAUCUCAGUGCCCAGAGGGAGGCAACUUCCCUCCAUGAUAUCAAAGACAAGCUGGAAAACGAGCUGGCCAGCAAGGAGUCCCUGUACAGACAAAGUGAAGAAAAGAACAGACAGCUGCAGGAGCGCCUGGACGAGGCCAAGCAGAAACUCCAGCAGACCCUGCAGAGAGCAGAGACGUUGCCGGAAAUCGAGGCCCAGCUUGCACAAAGAGUAGCUGCUCUCAAUAAGGCAGAGGAGCGUCACGGAAACUUUGAAGAGCGUUUACGGCAAAUGGAAGCCCAGCUUGAGGAGAAAAACCAGGAGCUCCAAAGGGCGCGACAGAGAGAAAAGAUGAACGACGAACACAACAAACGCCUGUCAGAUACGGUAGACAAGCUCCUGUCUGAGUCAAAUGAGAGACUUCAGCUUCACCUCAAAGAGCGGAUGGCAGCGCUAGAAGAGAAGAAUGCUCUUUCUGAGGAGCUGUCCAACAUGAAGAAAAUCCAGGACGAUCUUCUCGCUAAUAAGGAGCAGCUUCUUGCUGAGCUUGAACGAGUCCAGCUGGAGCUGGAUCAGCUAAGAGGCAGGCCUGGCUCUUCAUACUCCAGGGCGGGCAGCGUGAGCUCACUCCCCUCCACCCUUUUCCGGAGAUCUCUCCCCGGGAGUGCCUCCGAGCUGCGGUACCCUCAGGGUAGCGGCUCACUCCCCUCCGGCUACGGCAGCUCCUCCGGCGGGGUGGUGGUCAGGCGGGCGCACCGCGGCCGCUGGGGGCCCAGAGACGACGGCAACAAGUAUGGGGACUGGGACAGCGGCAGCAUGUUGGGUCCAGGAUAUGAUGGUGGGGUGGAAGGAGGCUGCUCUGACGACGAGGACGACAGGGAGACUCUGUUUGGAUCCGAGCUGCUCUCUCCCAGCGGACAGACGGACGUACAGACUUUGGCCAUCAUGUUACAGGAACAAUUGGAGGCCAUUAACAAGGAGAUCAAGCUGAUUCAGGAGGAGAAGGAGAGCACAGAGCUGAGAGCAGAAGAGAUCGAGAGUCGGGUCAGCAGCGUGGCCCUGGAUACCUCACCUCUUCCCCCCUCCUCUUUGGGAGGACGGGACUGUGUUGGCCGGGGCUACAUGACUCCCUCCAUCACCUCCUCAACGCUGGCGUCUCCAUCGCCGCCCAGCUCUGGACAUUCCACCCCCCGCCUGCCGCAUUCACCUGCUAGGGACAGCGACAGACAGAAUAUGAAAGAAGGGGAAGAAUGCAGAGCACUUGCCCUGAUUGAUUCCACUCCCACUGUUCCUCGGGCGCUACGAUUGGACCGCAUGACGCACACUCAUCCCGGGGCAGGCCUUGAUGACCACCGUGAAUUUCGCAGUCUUUCUACCGACGGAUCCACCACUGCUAGUCAGGAUUCCCUCCACAAAGCCAGUAAAAAGAAGAGCAUCAAGUCAUCUAUCGGACGUCUCUUUGGUAAAAAGGAAAAGGGAAGAAUCGGUGCACCUGGACGGGAAUCUGCCUCACUGGCUUCCACUCCGUCUGAUGACCUUGGUUCAGCGGACCCGUUAGGUUUGGCCAAACUUGGCACUGGAACAGUGGAAAAAAGAAGCAGCAAAAAGAAGCACGACUUGUUGGAGGAAGCCUGUCGUCAGGGUCUGCCUUUCGCCUCUUGGGACGGCCCCACUGUUGUCACGUGGCUGGAGCUGUGGGUGGGGAUGCCUGCGUGGUAUGUGGCAGCCUGCCGUGCCAACGUGAAGAGCGGUGCCAUCAUGGCCAACCUGUCAGACACGGAGAUUCAGAGGGAAAUCGGGAUCAGCAAUCCUUUGCACAGGCUCAAACUUCGCCUGGCCAUCCAGGAAAUGGUCUCCCUCACGAGUCCGUCUGCACCUGCAAGCACUCGCUCCUCAACCAGUAAUAUUUGGAUGACACAUGCUGAGAUGGAGUCUCUCACUGCUGCCACCAAACCAGAGCAGAAGGAGUUCAGCUGGGAUCAGAUCCUAGCGUACGGAGACAUGAACCACGAAUGGGUGGGAAACGAGUGGCUGCCCAGUCUGGGUCUGCCCCAGUAUCGCUCUUACUUCAUGGAGUCACUGGUGGAUGCUCGCAUGCUUGAUCACCUCACCAAGAAAGAGCUGAGGGGCCAAUUGAAGAUGGUGGACAGUUUCCACAGGGUGAGUCUCCAUUACGGUAUCAUGUGCUUGAAGCGCUUGAACUACGACAGAAAAGAGUUGGAGAGGAAGAGGGAUGACAGUCAGCAUGAAAACCAAGAUGUGAUGGUGUGGUCCAAUGAGCGAGUGAUGUGUUGGGUCCAGUCCAUCGGCUUGAAAGAGUUUGCAGACAACCUAUUAGAAAGUGGGGUUCAUGGGUCUCUCUUGGCUCUAGAUGACACUUUUGACUACACUGACUUGGCCCUCCUCCUUCAGAUACCAAACCAGAACACACAGGCGCGGCAGGUCCUCGAGAAGGAGUACAAUACUCUCAUCUCCAUGGGAACAGAGAGGAGGCCCGAUGAGGAUGGCACAAAAACAUUCACACGGUCGCCGUCAUGGCGGAAAAUGUUCCGAGAGAAGGACCUCCGUGGUGUGACGUCCGACUCCUCAGAGACGUUACCUGCCAACUUCCGUGCCUCGGCCAUCUCGACCCCCUCCGUCACCUUAAGAAAAGUCCAGAGUGAAGUAAACUCUGGUCCAAGAGGAGAGUCGGCGUCCGUGAGAACAUACUCCUGCUGAAGAUAAGCACACCAGAACCCCACCUCUGCCCCAACUUGAGGAAGAUAUAAAAAAAAAACAGUUUUGAGGAACAAAAACAAAAAAAGAAAUUACCAAGGAACAAAAACAAAAAUGGACACUAGAAGAUGACCAACAGAAUUUGAGCUCUGUGUCCCAAAAUAAUCAAAGACACUGAGUGAAUGAGUUCUGAAAAGAUGUUUAAAAAAUGGAGUGAAUGUCUGUUUACCCAUCAGUUUCUCUUUCUCUGUCUCUUUCUCUUCAUCUUGAUCCAUAGUUGUGGCAUGACGCUGUUUGAUUCUGUAGAAAGUGGCCUGUAGAAAGUGAUCAUUGCCUAUAGUGAAUUCAUCUCCUGUUUCCCAGCGUGAGAUGGCAAUAUUGACACGGUGAAUUUAUGAUUUUCAAACUGGAAAAAAUGCAUUCCUGUUCUGAUCAAGAAGAUGCUACGCAGACCUUCAGUGGAUCUGACUCCGAUUUAGCCUGACAAGAGAACACACUCUUCCUAAUGAAAUCAGAAAAAAGGAGGCUCAAACGGAGAAUGUAGCUGUUCACGUGGGGAAAUAAAUAUGUGUUCUUAAGCCAUAACAGUGAUGGGGUGCACAAAUGUGAACGGGGCAGAUGAGGACACUUUUUGGCAAAGUGCUUUACGACGAGCUCCUGUUCAAACUGGGGGAAAUGAGUUUAGUUAGGAAGCAUUUGUGUUCAUAUGCAUGCCAAAAUCAACCAUUUUAGAGUGAACGUCAUGAUAUCAAUCAUCUAAAGAUGUGAAAGCUUGGGUCAGGACUUUGUAAAAUGUGUGUACUUUAUUUUUAUCAUUUUUUUAUGAUUACUGAUAUUGUAUGUAUGUAUGUACAGUACGUAUGUGUGUGUAUUAAACUGUAUGUUCAUUUCAUACUUAGUUUUAAGACUGAUUGUAAUUUAAUUUAUGUUUGACAAAGAAAAUAUGUUUUAAAUUAUGGACAUUUAAAAU